CUUGCACAUUUAGCCUCACAUAUCCCUCUAUUCACCCUGGCACACUCACUUUCCCUCACACACCUUCAACACUCACCAUCGCACACUCCUGGCACACCCUUUUCACGCUCAACUUCUGUUACCUCUCUUUGGACCACAUCUUCAGCCUUUCUGUCCCUGUCCUAUCACUUACCUCAGACCCACCAUGUCCCUAGGGCCACUGAAAUUCCAGGCAGUGGGUGAGGAGGACGAGGAGGAUGAGGAGGAGAGCUUGGACUCGGUGAAGGCACUGACAGCCAAGCUUCAGCUUCAGACCCGGAGGCCCUCAUAUCUGGAGUGGACUGCCAGAGUCCAGAGUCAGGCCUGGUGCAGGGCCCAAGGCAAACCUGGGCCUGGAGGACCUGGGGCUAUCUGUGGCUUUGACUCCAUGGAUUCUGCACUUGAGUGGCUCCGACGGGAGCUGCAGGAGAUGCAGACUCAGGACCAGCAGCUGGCAGGGCAGCUGCUGAGGCUGCGGGCCCAGUUGCACCAACUUAAAGUGGACCAAGCCUGUCACCUGCACCAGGAGCUGCUGGAUGAGGCUGAGCUAGAGCUGGAGCUGGAGCUGGAGCCUGGCACUGGCCUAGCCCUGGCCCCGCCACUGCGGCACCUGGGCCUCACACGCAUGAAUAUCAGUGCCAGACGCUUCACCCUCUGCUGAGGGGCACCUAGGUGUUUUCUGGACUAUCUGGGAAGAAGGAAGGGAGGGGUGCCCCAGAGGCUCCAGAACCUGUUGGGGGAGAGGUGCACUUAGGUUCUGAGAGCUGCAUUCAGAAAGCACAAAGCUCCAGUUGGCAAGGGGAGCUCAGACCCCCAAAUUUUUCAAUAAAAACCCUUUGUAUCUCC